AUGGUGGUAGGACCAGACGUCGUGGUGAACUGGGUUGUGGCUACUAGCAUGAGCAACGCUAGCACCGCCGGAUCCAAGCCUCCACUGGCCGUGUUAGCUGCUUCUCUUUCUGACGAUGUCCACCCCCCUGAGCAGGUGAGACGGCUGCCCCCACAAAGUCCUCUGAAUGUGGAGUCUGCUGCAGCUCAGGUGAAAGAGGAGCAGUUUGGCAGAAUGAAGGAGGAGAACUUGUUCCAGCGGAGGUUGUCUCUGUGUCCCAAUGCUGUUUCUCCUCCUAAAAUCGAACCCCAGGUCUUGACCCGGAACCUGUCCUACUCCGGAGAUGACGACCUCUGCAACAUCAGUGCAGGCAGUGAGGACAGGAAUGGUCUCCCCAUGCUGAGUAAUGAACUUAGUCCUGCCCAAUCCCCAAGCAGCAAGUCUGAGUCCAGGAUGUUCAAUGGUGUGGAGAAAGAAUGCUCCUCGCCGACAGAGAGGUUGGCCCGGAAGGAAUCUCUCAAGGUCCAAAAGCAAAAUUACAGACAAGAAAAGAAACGAGCUGCGAAGGAACUGUCUACUGCACUAAAGGAUCCGAGUGUUGUCAUCAUGUCCAAUUGGCUGAAGAUACGGGGGUCUUUAAAAAGCUGGACCAAGCUCUGGUGUGCGCUGAAGCCCGGAGUUUUAUUGAUUUACAAGACUCCAAAGACGGACCAUUGGGUGGGCACCAUUCUGCUGAGCGCCUGUAAACUCAUCGAGAGGCCUUCGAAGAAAGACGGCUUCUGCUUCAAACUCUUCCACCCUCUGGAGAAGUCCAUCUGGGCUGUCAAGGGUCCCAAAGGAGAGAACGUCGGCUCCAUCACACAACCUUUGCCCAGCAACUAUUUAAUCUUCAGAGCGACUUCGGAGUCUGACGGCCGGUGUUGGAUGGAUGCUCUGGAGUUGGCUCUCAGCUGCUCCAGUCUUUACAAGCGCACGGCCAAAGGAGUCAAAGAGGGCGACAUCAGCACAUCGUCAGAGUCGUCCCAUAUCCUCCACCUGCUGCAGUCCACGGCUCUGAGCGACGCUGAGCUACUGCAGUUGAGUGAGAGUGCUCUGCUGGGCCAUCACAGCAUGGAGCAUGACGGCUUCUCCGACAAAUCCGAACGUGAGGCUCACGAUGACUGGGACACCACUGCCAAUGAAAACGGUGGAAGGCUCACGGAGGAGAGUGACAAUGACCAAUCAGACGAGCCGCUCCCAGGGCCACAGGCCACUGCUUAUGUCGAGCAGAGCACAGAGGAGAUGGGAGAAGCAGGAGAGGCGUCCCAGGUAGAGACCGUAUCAGAGGAGAACAAGGGACUGAUCUGGGGUCUGCUCAAGCAGCUGCGGCCUGGAAUGGACCUUUCCAAGGUCGUGCUCCCAACAUUUAUUCUGGAGCCACGCUCGUUCUUAGACAAACUGUCGGAUUAUUACUAUCAUGCUGAUCUGCUCUCUCAAGCUGCGCUGGAGGAGAACGCCUAUGGUCGAAUAAAGCAGGUGUUGAGGUGGUACUUGUCAGGUUUCUAUAAGAAGCCUAAGGGUCUAAAAAAGCCUUAUAAUCCAAUCCUUGGGGAAACAUUUCGCUGUUGCUGGCUGCAUCCGAAUACAGACAGCUGCACCUUCUACAUCGCUGAACAGGUGUCCCAUCAUCCACCCAUCUCUGCCUUUUAUAUUUGCAAUAGAAAAGAUGGUUUUUCCAUUAGUGGAAGCAUUCUCGCCAAGUCGAAGUUCUACGGGAACUCUUUGUCUGCCAUUCUGGACGGCAGAGCACGGUUACUGUUCCUCAGCCGGGAGGAGGAGUACAUCAUCACCAUGCCCUACGCUCACUGUAAAGGUAUCCUCUAUGGCACGAUGACACUUGAGCUUGGUGGAAAAGUUACCAUUGAAUGCGAGAAAACCAAAUGUUUUGCAGAACUGGAGUUCAAACUUAAGCCUUUUCUUGGAGGUUCCAGCUCAGUGAAUCAGAUCAGUGGGAAAAUCCAUGUGGGAGAGGAGCUGGCUGCCACUGUGGACGGACACUGGGACAACGAAGUCUUCAUUAACGAGAAACGCUCAGGGCAGCAGGAGAUUCUGUGGAACCCGAGCGCAGACAUCCGCAACAGCCGCCUCAAACGACAAGUGGUGCAGAUCGAGCAGCAGGGACCUUUCGAGUCUGAAAAGCUGUGGGAGCAUGUGACCAGUGCCAUUGAGGAGCGGGACCAAAUGAAGGCCACUCAGGAGAAGUUUGUGCUGGAGGAGGCCCAGAGGAGAGAGGCCAAAGAGCGGGGAGAGAAGCCCUGGGUCCCACACCUGUUCCAGCAGGACCCCGUCUCGUCUGAGUGGACCUACAUACACAUGGACACACAGCCCUGGGACAACGAGAGCUGCCUUGUACAGUUUGAAAAAGACGGAAUCAUUCAGACGCAAGAGAAGAAUCAGAGGCGACACAACGGCCUCUCCUACAGCCACAGCUGGGGCAGCCAACACAAGUCGGAGAUCAGGAAGCGCAGGAAAGCCAGCAGUCAGCCUUCGAGCUGCAGCCAGAACACCGAGAGCAGCAGCACCACCCCAGAGCCCACCCACGAGUCCUCAGACAACGAAGUAGGCUUCUCCAAACAGUGUGCCCGCUGCAAUAAAGAGGUGCAGGACAUUGCCCAGAUACAGGCCUCCAUCUCGUCGAUAAAGACCACGCAGCAGGACAUACAGAGGAGCCUGGUGACUCUGAGUCGUCAGCUGAUCAAUCAGCGAGCGGCCAAUGACUCUAUGACGUUAACGGGACGUCACUGCCUCAUCGUGUGUAUUCUGCUGCUGUCACAGCUCCUGUUCAACAUGUUCACCUGA